AUGUCUCGAAUGAGUAUGGCGCCGCAGCGCAACCUGUCGCUGACAGAAGAAUUGGAGAAGCUAGAGCAGUCCAUCACGCUCACACUGCAAGAAAUUGACCAACACUUCAGCCGAGCACACCGAAUCGUCACUACCGGUAUCCUCCCGAUAGUCGAACAGUAUGGAAAGCAUUCGGAAGCUGUCUGGGAAGGCUCCAAGUUCUGGAAACAGUUUUUCGAGGCCAGCGCAAACGUGUCGCUCUCUGGUUACGAGGCCCCUGACCAAGACGAAUCAGCUGUACAUGAGGAGACGGAGCAAUCACAGACAUAUGACGAGACGGUUGAAGACGAGGAUACGGUAACAGGAACGACCACGACACCACCCCGACCCUUGUCUGCACAAGAAGACGCCGAAUCAACCAUGGCUUUCGACUCGCCUUCGCUCGGACACAGCACACCACGAGCUCCACCUUCAAUCACAAAAGGCAAAAACCUUGAAGAGGAGGAAGACAGUGAAUACGAGGAAGAGCCCCAGUUUGCUGGCAUGUCUUCACCUUACGAAGCGCUGAAGUCUGAGUUCAGGCCCAAUAUCGGCGGCACCAAGACGCCAAAGCUUGAACCAGUCACACCCGGCAAGUCGCAAGCCCUACCAGACAUGAGCGGCUUCGAGUCUUCGCCGUUCAUGCAGCCUACAGCCACGAAACAGUCACACACCAAUAAUGACCCACUGCUCCACCGCGUCCUUGACAAGACAUACCGUGUACAAGCCACGCCGCUCAUCAGUCCGAGGAAAUACAAGCCCACGGGUGCUUUCACUCCUCGCGCUGGCCAGCGCGGUGCACCUACACCCAAGAGUGCUGCCACACGAUUGUUGGACUUUGACUCUUCGCCACCAUCCUCGCCCGCGCCACAACUACGAGCCGACAUCUUCUCGCCCAUGAAGACGCCGCGGACACCAGGCAUAAGCGUGCAGACACCUGCAAAGGGCAAGCAGCCGAUGAGCAUCCAUCGAACCGGCGGUACAAUUUUCGACGACAGCGACGAAGAGGAGGACGAUCUUGACUUUAGCCCUCCGAAGACGAUACAAUUCCACAUCCCACAGAGCAAGCUGAUGCAAACGCCUGCCCGAGAAGCUAGCAAGCGCAUUGUGGACGACUUGCUCAUGACAGCCGGCCACGAUGUUACGGAUUCAACGGGUGGUAUGGAGGAGGACAGUCCCAGUAUAGUGAAGCGGCAGAUGGAUCUUGACGAUAGCUUCUAA